AUGUCACUGUUUAUUUCAAACACAACGGACUUCGGCCUGCCAGAGGAAAGACUAGAGGGCGCGCAGUCAGCGGGGUUCGUCGGCAAUUUCGACAUCCUUGCCGGUGACCCGAAGGACUUUCACCUACCCACGGAGGUCCUUCUCUCCAUCUACGGACACGAGUACUUCAGUUCACACCGGACACUGUGGGUGCGAAAUUGUCUCAUCGUGCUUUACUGCAUCUUCUCUGCCGUCGGCGUGCUGAUGAAUGUUUGUGUAGUGUCUCUGCUGGUUGCCUGGCAUCAGAAGGCCCUGCGCAACAUCACCAACACCUUUGUCCUUGCGCUAGCCAGUUCCGACAUCGUGAUGAGCGGAUUCAACAUGCCCAUGCAGACCUUCUACGAGUUGGUGGAGACGGUGCAGUUCUCUGAGGUCACCUGCCGCGUAGUCUUCUCCACCUUCGGCCUUCCGAUGCACAUCUCCUGUCUGGUAAUACUUGUCAUCGGUAUCGAUCGCUACUGGAUCAUUAUUUAUCCCCUGAGGCGACGCAUGACGCGACUCACCGCGGCCGGGAUGCUCAUACUUAUCGUCAUCAUUAGCCUCGUUAGCGUCAUCCCGAUCGCGGUCUUCAGCACGUCAAGCCCGGCUGCCCCCCUUCCCAACGUCACGCACUACCGCUACUGUGUCGAGUACUGGCCCUCCCCCGAAGUGCGUCUACUGUACAGCAUCAUGACCUUCCUGGUGCAGUUCCUACUUCCACUCGUUCUCACCGCCACUCUGUACGCCCGCAUCUACAUUCGACUGCACGAACGACGAUUUCGUAAGCGUGACCUUGAGCGCAAAAAGCGGACUAAUAAGAUCCUCGUGGGCAUCGUAGUCUGUUUUUUUGUCUGUUGGACUCCCUGGACGGUCUUCUCCCUGACGCUAGAGGUCCAUACCUAUUGGACACAAAAGGACUUCCAGAACGGAACCCUGCAGCAAGAAGUGAAGGAAGCACCCGUGGCCAUCAACACUGCACACGUGCAGAAGUUGCUUCUGUCCUGCUUGCAAGGCCUGCAAAAACAUCAGCAAAAUGGCGUGCUGGAGAUGAGCAGUCUGGCUGCCUGUCCGGACUACAAUACCAGUGUCUUGGCUUCGGAGUCCCUGCUGCUAUUCGGACGGCACACAAAACUGAUCGACCUUCUGCUCAAACUCCUAGCCAUGUGUUCUAGCUGCCUGAACCCCUGCCUCUACGGCUGUAUGACGGAGACCAUGCGUAUGGUGAUGAAGAAGACGAUGCGACGAAUGCACAGUUUUCACAACUGGAUAUCCAAGUUGCACGGCAGUUGGCCACCGUCUGCUCAAGUCAGCUCUACCAGCAAGCGUGAUCGUCCGAAGAUGGGUCUGUUUGAGAACUAUAGGUCUGAGAGCUUUUCAGCGCCGGUCUACAUCAUGCAGUGUUGCGGCUUUCACUUUGUCAUACGCACCGGGUUUCACCAGCAGCACGAGCAAGCGCGUAAUCUGCUGAAACAGAAGGACGACACGGAAGUUAGUGUAGGGCAUACUAAACCGGGAGGCAAGAUGGGCUACCACCAACACCACCAGUAUGCCCAACGGCGUCAUCAUUAUCGGUCUCACGGUGCUGGAACCGUUGUACCUGGAGGCGGUUUACCAGCGGGCGGUGAGGUACAGGCCACACCCGUAAAUAAUAAGAAACACUUUGUGCAGACUCUUCAUGAGACCCAUCAGCUGGCAAGUGGUGCUGGCAUUCCAACCGGUCAGAAGGCUGCUGGCGGCAGUUCAGGAAGUGGAGACAAAGAUCACCAUCUUUGUUUACAGCAACUGGAACCUGCCAGCUUAUCUUUUACUCACAGAAGCAGUGCCACACUGAGUCUGACUGAACAGUCCACAAAGCGUACCAGUCUCCUACCAUCUUCAGUCACUGACAGGACACCACGGAACUCUUUUCUCAUCGCUAGGGUCAACUCCUCAGGGCAGGCGGAGACAUCUAAUGGGCUAAACGAGGCGGCAUCAAGCAAGUGCAAGCCGCCAACUGCAUCCACCAGUGGAGAGGGCGGCUUUGAAAUGCACGUAUCUGAGCCCAACCGUUGCGCAGCCAAUCCCAUCAGUCAGCCGGUAAUUGUCGUAUGUGAAGUGACCUCCACCGAUGAUGACGGCCCUGGCACAUCCGAAUGUUUUGACUCGGUCAGAGGACCAACCCUCAUAACUGAGAGUCCUGUUGCGACCCCUGAAGCAUCUCCUGAGAAGAUGGUAGAUGGACCCACCCCCCAGUUAGCCGGGCCAGACCAGACAACCGGCCGUCUUUCUCACUUGAAGUUGGUAAACAUAGAGGUUCACGUAGAGGAUGCUAACGCAAUACCGGCACCUGAGGUAACUCCGCCAGCAGUGCGCAGUGUAGAUGGUAACUGCAAUGGCGACAACUGUUACACUGGGCCGGCGGAGCCGGUAUUUGAUAGUCUGUCGGCGACUGGUGUUGGUGGCGUUACUAUCUGCAAGAGCGAGACGGCCCUCUUUCCGUAUAUCUCCACUGAAUACCCCUCUGGCCUGAUCCCAUGUGCGACUUCUACGCCGAGGCCGUCGCUCGUGAGGAACUUCAAGAUGACGCAGAGUAAUUUGGCCCCACUGGAAGAGAUCUCCGGCUAUGCGACCAGCAAUGAACUGGAGACCUCAGCAAGUGACGGUCGUGGUUCUGCAUCUACAACUUCGCGAGGGGGUCUGGAAUGUAAGAAAUCACGUAGCGGAAAGCGUACCAAACGCAGGCUUCGGAUAGACAGACUAACUGGGACAGAGUGUCAGUCCUCAAAAGGAGAAAACAGUCUUGCACCCAUCGGUGGUAUUUCGGCUACACUUUUGCCAAAGCCGGCUGGCCUAGUUACAGGACGAAGCCUGUGGCAGAAUGUUAAGCGAAGAAGCAUACUGGAACUGCGUCAAAAGCGUCCAGUGCCGUGGAAACGCUCACAGUCCAUUAGUUCCACCAGUGACACUCUCAGUCAUAAGUCGCUUUUCAAGCACUCCACAAAAAGCGCCCUUGGAGAGCAGAUGCCUCAACGUAAUAAAACUAAGGCCUUGGAGCGGAUAGGGGACGGUUUCGAUCGGGAGAGACCUGAUUGCAGCGCUGAGGCAAGGAAGGAGAAGGAAACAAGACCUCAGAAGGCAACUUGGAAAUUCAAGGAGAGUGUUGGUAAAAGCGAUGAAUCCAGCGACGAUUUCGCCCACUUCCACAAG